UGGAGGUGUCUGUGCAAAUAACGACGCCACCUCCACCUCCACCUCCACCUGCAAGCCCCUCUCGUCUUCUCUCCAGUCUCACAGCUCCAAAAUAUCUCUCUCUCCCUCUGUCUCUCUCUCUCUCCCCCCAAUCCAGGCCGACGGUUGGAUCUCGGCGGCGGAACCGGAUGGACGGCGGCGGAGGCGGCGAUUACCUGAAGCUGUUCGUGGACGAGACAUCGUUCUACAACCGCAUUGUGCUGGGUAGCCUGAUGCCGGCGGGAACCUGGGAGUCACUCCCCCACCCCAUCCAGACGUGGAUCCGGAACUACAUUGGCGGCACCCUCGUCUACUUCAUCUCCGGAUUCCUUUGGUGCUUCUUCAUCUACUUCCUCAAGCGCAACGUCUACGUCCCCAAAGAUGAGAUCCCUACAAAGAAAGCCAUGCUCUUGCAGAUAUAUGUGGCAAUGAAGGCUAUGCCCUGGUACAGUGCCCUUCCCACAGUCUCCGAAUACAUGGUUGAGAAUGGAUGGACAAGGUGCAUUUCGAGUAUAAGUGAUGUUGGUUGGCCUGCAUAUCUCGUGUACAUGUCGAUUUAUCUAGUGCUGGUGGAGUUUGGUAUCUACUGGAUGCAUAGGGAGUUACAUGACAUAAAACCUCUUUACAAGUACCUUCACGCAACUCACCAUAUCUACAACAAGGAAAAUACCCUCUCGCCUUUUGCUGGUUUGGCAUUCCACCCGCUUGAUGGUAUACUACAGGCUGUGCCGCAUGUUAUCGCCCUCUUCGUUGUACCAACCCAUUUCACGACCCACGUAGCCCUCUUAUUCCUCGAGGGAAUCUGGACCGCUAACAUUCACGACUGCAUACAUGGCAAGCUGUGGCCCGUAAUGGGAGCAGGCUACCACACGAUUCACCACACGACCUAUCGCCACAACUACGGGCAUUACACCAUUUGGAUGGAUUGGAUGUUCGAAACCCUCCGUGACCCAAUGGAUGAUGGAUCCAAAAAGGUUAUGUAAAUGUUGGUUCCCACUGAUUUCGCUCGAUGUAAUCUUGUGACCUUCACCUGUCAACUUAUUCUAUGUUUUAGCUCAGACUGCGUGCUAUGUAUGAGACUGCUCUGUAAAAAUAUGACAUUUGGAGAAACAUCACAUCUUUCAUAUAA